AUGGGAGUUCCUAAUUCCGAUUUACAUUUAUAUAUCAUUUAUAGUGAUAGCAAUAGUUAGGUAAUUGCAGAUGCUGGUUGUUGUGCUGUUGCUGAAGUAGGAGAUCCUAGACCUAUUUUUGGAAGAGUUAAUUUUUACUUAACAAAUAUGAAUAAAUCUAUUGGUAAUUCAGAAACUUUUUAGUAUGACUUGAAAACUACUAUUCAUGAAUUUUUACAUAUACUUGGUUUUGCAGGAGAAAUUAUGCGCUUUUGGAUAGAUCCUGAUACUGGAGACUUUUAUGGAGAUAACUUUGAAAACAAGUUAUUAAAAAAGAAAUUAUACAGAGGAAAAUAAGUCAAUAUUUUAACUUCCAAAAAUGUGUUAGAAGUUACUAGAAAAUAUUAUAAUUGUCCUACAGCUGAAGGAAUGUAACUUGAAAAUGAUGAUAAUGUACGUUUAAAUACUUCUCAUUGGGAAAGAACUGUUAUUUAUAAUGAAAUAAUGACUGGAACUUAAUUAUAUACUUAAACUGCUUUUUCAAUAUUUACAAUUGCUCUUUUGAAAGACACAGGCUUUUACCCUGAAGUAAAUGAGAAUAUGACCAAUAAUAUAUUCUGGGGAAAAGGAAAAGGUUGUGAUUUUUUGGUAAACGCUUGCUAAAGUACAAUUGAAUACCCUGAAUAUCCUAAAAUAUAUGAUAAAGAGUAAUGUAUGUUUGAAUAUGAAGGAAUCGGAGUCGGCGUAGCUGAAGUAUAUGCAGACAAAUGUCCUAUAAUAUACUUUUACCAAAAUAGAUUGUGCACAAAUACUAAUAGUGUAAGUAAGGAAGAUGAUAAAAAUCAAGAAUAGGAUAAAUUAUCUAAUUAUUCAACUCAAAGUAAAUGCUUCUAAUCUACAGCUACAUAGUCCUCCUCUAAAAUUUAAUAUAAAAGUGAAUACAGAUGUCACUAAUACAAAUGUUCCUCCGAUGCUUCUGAAAUAUCUGUUAUUUUCCCCGAUAUUGAUUUAAAAGUUUUAUGUGGAAAAGGAGAAUAAAAUAUAUAAAAGGAUAUCGAUCCAAGUGGCUAAAAAGCUAGAGGUAAAUUAACAUGUCCUUAAGAUUAUGAAAGAUUAUGCAAUUAUACUUCUAUAUGUCCAAAUUUCUGUUCAUUAAGAGGAGUUUGUGUUAACGGUCAAUGUAUCUGCAAAGCCGGAUUCGGAGGAGUUGAUUGUUCUAUAAAUUGCUCGGGAGUAGUUGAUAAUGAAACCUGUAUACAAGGCACAUGUCCAUAAGGCAAAUAUUUAAACCCAGAUAAUACUUGCAAAUCAGAUUGUCCUUUAGGCUCAUUCGGAAGGGCUGACAAAUGUGAACCUUGUGAUAGCAGUUGUUCUAGAUGCACAGGACCAUCAGCUACUGAGUGUACUAAAUGUUAGUUUAUGACAUUAUUGUAAGGAAAUUAAUGUUGUUUAAGUGAAUGUCCUUUUGGAUUUUAUAAAAACUAAGAAACUUAAGCUUGUGAGAAGCUUUCCUUAGGAUGUAUUUAAUAAAAUAAUCUUAAUACAUGUUUACAAUGUGAUACUGCUAAUGGAUUUAGAUUAGGUUUAGAUUAAAAAUGCACAUUGUGUUAUUAACUUUGCUCCUUAUGUAAUCCUAAUAGAUUAACAUAAUGUUUUGUUUGUGAGGGAAGUAAAUUAGUAAGUAUUGAUGGUAGUUGUGUAGAUGAAUGUCCUGAAGCUAGUUAUUAUUCUGACAGAAGAAAAAAAUGCUAAGAAUGUUCUAUAGGAUGUUAAAAAUGUAAUUAUAUUGGUUGUAAUUAAUGUUAUGAUGGUUAUUAUGUUUAUUAUGAAAAUAGAUAUUGCUAAAGAUGUGUUUAUAAAUAUCUAAAUUGUCAAUCCUGUGAUUAUUACUAAUGUAAUAAAUGUAUGGAUGGAUAUUAGUUAAAUUCAACUAAAAGAGAGUGCAAAGCGAUUUCUUCAGGAGGAUCAACAGGUGAAAUUACUGAAACAUAAUGCUCUGAGGGAUGUAAGUAAUGUUCAUAAUCUGGAGAAUGCUUAUAUUGUAAAGCUGGAUUUUAUCAAGAUUAAGAAAGUAAAUCAUGUGUUAAAUGCAGAACUAAAUUUAAAAAUUGUAACAAAUGUACCAAAACUAAUUGUAAUAGAUGUGCUACUGGAUUUCAAUAAGAUUAGAAUUAAAAAUAAUGCAUAUAAAAUCCUAUUACAAGUGAAAAUACAGGAAUAGAAUGCCCUUAGGAAUGUAAGAAUUGUUCUUAAUUUGGAUAAUGCAUAGAAUGUUAAGAUGGUUUUUAUGAUUAUUCGGUUGAUAAUCCAAGUAUUAAAAAUAUAAAAUGCCUUAGUUGUACUAUUAAAUUCAAACAUUGUAGUUAAUGUACUUCACUUCGUUGCUUAGAAUGUCUUCCUGGAUAUUAAUAUUAUGAUUAUGAAGAUCUAUGUAUUAGAGUUAUUGAGGUGAAUAAUACUAUUGUUUGCAAUAAGGGAUGCACCUCUUGUAAUUAUAAUGGAAUGUGUUUUAAAUGCUUAGAUAGUUUUUAUUAAGACUAUAUAUACAUAUAAUUUUUUAAAUAUAAAGUAUGUUUUGAAUGUAUUAAUAAAUUCAGUAAUUGUUUAAUAUGUGAUUAAAUUUAAUGUACUAAAUGUAAUAAUGGAUAUCACUUAAAUGAUUCUACUAAAUAAUGUGAAACGAUUCCACCUUCUAGAUUUUUAAUUUAGACUUAAGAUGGUAAUUAAUAAUAG